AUGGCUGCAUCAUCCUCAAUUGGCAACCCGUACAGGAAUGGAUUUGAAUUGUGGAGAAAAACGAUAAAAGCAUGUCGUUAUGCAGUGGGUCCUAGGGAACACAUACCAGACCUUGCUUUCAGGUUAUUGUGUCGACACCAUAAUGUGCAAUUAUUUUAUACACCGUUAUUGAAAGCAGAGGAAAUCCUAAAUGACUGGGAUAGCUAUAAAUAUCAUUUCUUAAAUGCGAAUAACUUUCAAGAUAGACCGCUAAUUGUUCAGCUAUGUUCAAGAGAUCCUAACCGCAUGCUACAAGCAGCAGAAAGAGUUGACAGUCUUUGCGAUGCUAUCGACCUAACCCUGCAUUCUGAGACUAAUGCUAAGACUAUAUUAAAUCAAGCUGUUGGGAAGGACUUUCAACUACUACAAAGAAUGAUUUCAUUAUUAAGAGAUAAUUUAAACAUGCCUGUAGCCUGUAAAAUUAAAAUUGCAGCUGACAAGGAUAGCUCAAGUCUGAUAAAAUAUGCAAAACGUCUAGAAAGCGCCGGAUGUCAAUUACUAUCUAUCGGCUGUCGUCAUAAAGAGCCUCGUUUUCGCUUGGAUGAUUGGAAUAUUGUUAAAGCUGUCAAGGAUUCUGUGGUCAUUCCAGUCUUUGCUUGUAGUGAUAUCAGUACUUUAGCUGAAGCUGAUCUUUGUCUGGAAUAUACUGGCGCUCAGGGGAUUAUGUCGCACGAUACGGAACUUUACUACCGUCAGAUAAAAACUAUAGACGAUUUAAGAAAUCUUACAUCACCUCUAACAUCAACGAUGUCUGGUACGAAACGAGAGAAGAAACGGAAGCAAAUGAAAAUUAAACUGACUUUUAAAAAGCAACAAGAGCGGGAAAAGAAAAAGCUAAAAAAACUAGAUCAACCACUUAGAGAAACUACCGACGAUUAUAUUACGAAAAGGCAGCGGCACAUAUUAAGAGAUGGAAGAUUACGUACCGCUAUGUGUAGUGGUCAAAGAAUUGUUAUCGACAUGGGGUUAACUGAGGGUAUGACUAACAAGGAAAUAUCUAAGUUAUGCAAUCAGGUUGGUAGACUAUAUGGUUCUAAUUGCAUCGCAGAGGAUCCUUGGCAUAUCUAUUUUACAAGAUUUGGACAAGAAGAUGAAUUGUAUCAGCGAUGCACGGAAUUUCACCAUGGAUUCCAAAAUUAUAAGAUUGAUGUAACUACCGAAAGUGUUUUAGAGUUAUUUCCUCCGGAAGAGAUUGUUGUUAUGUCACCUGACUCAAAGAAUGUAUUAAGAAAAAUUGACUCAAGUAAAGUAUAUGUUCUAGGUGGCAUCGUUGAUGAAAGCAUUCGUAAACGCAUAUCACUGCAUUAUGGAAUGCAAUGUGAAGUCGCUACAUGCCGCUUACCAAUCCCGGAGUACAUGAUGAAAGCUGAAAAAGGAACAUACAAUCAGGUCUUAUCGAUCAAUCAAGUGUUCGAUAUACUACUUCACUUCGCGAAAACUGGUGAUUGGGUAGAAUCCCUGCAAGUUGGUAUUCCUCAAAGGAAAGGAUGGAUUCCAAAAGCUACCAACAAUCAAAGCUAA